CUCACACCCGAUGAAUCAGGAUGCAUCUAUUUGUAUACACUGGAAAAUAUCGGUCUUUACAGAACACUAAAUGAGAUCAUUCAAAAUGAACAAAGAUAUAAACUCAAGCCAUGGUUUCUGUAUUUAAAACUUUUUCAUGCAUCUGUCAAUAAAUUGCCAUCCUGUGAAACGCAAAUCUGGCGUGGCAUAAACAAAGAUAUUACGCGGGACAACUCCCAUCAGUUCGCAAAAGGGAAAAUAAUAACAUGGUGGCGUGUCACAUCUUGCACAAUGAAUAUUAAAAUAGCCCAAGAUUUUAUGCAUGAAAUGGGACAGAACACUUUAUUAAUGAUAAAUUGCAAGAAUGGUAAAUGUAUAGAUAAACACUCAAGUUAUCCAAAUGAAGAAGAGUUAAUAUUGUUACCCGGGACACGAUUGAAAGUUGUUGGAGACCCAUUCGAAUUACAUGGUCUCCAUGUAAUCCAUUUAGAUGAAAUGGCACGAUAUGAAGAAUUGACAAAAUUGCCGCCCAUCACUGGCAACACAAUUAGUCCACACAAAAUUACGCACAACACAACGCACAACUACCAAUCCAACUUUUCUACUACUCCAAGGACACCUAAACUCACUUCAUAUGCAGACGUUACUUCAUCAGCAAAUUUUCUUCCACAAAUCAAGUCGAACUCGUUUAAUGCUCUACAUUCGAAUGCAACCGCUGUCAAUGUGUCGACCGGUUCCAAGUCCACAACAAAGUUUCCUAAUGGAGAUACAUAUUACGGGCAGACAAUAAACGGCAAGAAGCAUGGUGAGGGUACAUAUAAAUGGUUGAAUGAUGGUGAAUACACUGGCGAGUGGAAAGACAACGAAUUCCACGGAAAAGGUAUCCGAAUAUGGGCAUCAGGAGAUAAGUACUUUGGCCAAUGGGACGAUGGUAAGAAACAUGGUCGUGGUAGCUACACGUGGCCGAAUGGAAAUAAAUACACUGGAGAUUGGAAAGAGGAUCAAAGAACGGGGAAAGGUACUUUUAUUUGGGCUAAUGGAACGACAUAUAUUGGAGAUUUCAUAGCCGGUGAACGCACUGGGACUGGAGUCCAAACAUGGGCAUCGGGAGACAAGUAUGAGGGCCAAUACCAGAAUAAUACGCAACAUGGACGCGGUAGCUACACGUGGCCGAAUGGAAAUAAAUAUAGUGGAGAUUGGAAAGAAGGUCAGAGAACGGGAAAAGGUACUCUUAUUUGGGCUGAUGGAGACUGUUACGAAGGAUCAUGGGAGAGAGAUAAUCGACAUGGACAUGGAAAAAUGGUUUUUCAUAAUGGAAAUCAGUAUGAAGGUGAUUGGAAAGAUGACAAAAGGACAGGGAAAGGUGUUUGGAAAUCGAAAGGUGGCGAUCAGUACAAAGGAGAAUAUGUAGAUGGAGAAAUGCAUGGUAAAGGUACUUAUACAUGGUCUGAUGGUGCUACUUAUAAAGGGCAAUGGAAGAAAGGUAACAUGGAAGGAAAAGGAAUUCGCACCUACUCGAACGGAGACGUUUACACUGGACAUUGGAUGAACGAUAAAAAACAUGGUAUGGGUACUUUUACAUGGGCUUCUGGCAAUAAAUACGAAGGCCAAUAUAAAAAUGAUAUGAAACAUGGAUAUGGUAGCUUUACGUGGUCGGAUGGAGAUAAAUACACUGGAGAUUGGAAAGAGGAUCAAAUAACGGGGAAAGGUACUUUCAUUUGGGCUAAUGGAACAACAUAUAUUGGAGAUUUCGUAGUCGGUCAACGAACUGGAACCGGAGUACAAACAUGGAAAUCAGGAGACAAGUAUGAGGGCCAAUACCAGAAUAAUAUGAAACAUGGACGUGGUAAUUAUACAUGGCCGAAUGGAAAUAAAUAUAGUGGAGAUUGGAAAGAAGACCAGAGGACGGGAAAAGGUACUUUUAUUUGGGCUGAUGGAGACCGCUACGAAGGAUCAUGGGAAAAUGGCAAUCGAUAUGGACAUGGAAAAAUCGUUUUUGCUAAUGGAAGUGUAUAUGAAGGUGAUUGGAAAGAUGACAAACGGACAGGGAAAGCUGUUUGGAAAUCGAAAGGUGGCGAUCAGUACAAAGGAGAAUAUGUAGAUGGAGAAAUGCAUGGUAAAGGUACUUAUACAUGGUCUGAUGGUGCUACUUAUAAAGGGCAAUGGAAGAAAGGUAACAUGGAAGGAAAAGGAAUUCGCACCUACUCGAACGGAGACGUUUACACUGGACAUUGGAUGAACGAUAAAAAACAUGGUAUGGGUACUUUUACAUGGGCUUCUGGUGACAAAUACGAAGGACAAUAUAAGAACGAUAUGAAACACGGACAUGGUACCUACACAUGGCCAAAUGGAAACAAAUAUACUGGAGACUGGAAAGAAGAUCAGAGGACGGGACAUGGUACUUUUAUUUGGGCUGAUGGAACAACAUGGGUGGGGCAGUGGAAAAAUGGACAGCAAUGUUGA